AGCGAUCCUGAAGCUCUUAUAGCUGUAUAAUUAUUGCAUUAAAUUGUUUUCCGAUAAGUUAUCGGUGCAUAUCCAGGAGAGGGCCCCGGCAAGAAACAAGAUGACUACGUCGGUCGAUGUAGGCGACAACCCUGGCUACCUGUUCCAGCAAAUCGUCAUCCAGCAUCCAACCUCAUCGACGAAUGUUGUUCCCAAUCUCGUGCUGACGUAGAUGACAUUUAAUUAAAGAGGUACUCAAGAACGAAAACACGCUGUAUAUGUUUCUCAUUUCUACUAAGUGUACACACUUCCGUCUGUUGGUAUGUCAAACUUUUUGGGCUCUCUAGCGUCAGAGUUUGGUGAAUUUAAUUUCACGGAAUAUAACAUCACAAAUGAAAUUGAGGGGAAUGCCUCGGAACAGAACACCUCUUAUUUCCUUAACCACAAUUCGGACUAUGAUGGAUCCUUUUUCUAUUUUGAUUAUGAUCUUGCGCAAAUUCCUUACCCCAAAGAAAAGAAAGCGGUGCCUUUUGUGGAGGCUUUGAUAAAAAUUGUAGCAUGCACGGUCACUAGUGUUGUAUCGCUGGUGGGGAAUUUUCUGGUGAUUUUGGUGGUGGCCUAUAACAAGAGGCUGCGGACCACCACCAAUUUUUACAUCGUCAAUCUGGCGGUGGCCGAUUUAUUAGUGACGCUCUCUUGUUACUGGGUGGGUACAGUGGCAGACCUGACCGACGGGUGGAUACUCGGAGCAUUUUUCUGUAAAUUCAAUGCUUUUGCGCAAGUGACUUCUUUGGUGGCAAGUAUUAUGUCGCUGAUGCUUAUAGCCUGUGAUCGGUUUUUCGGAAUAGUGUACGCCAUGAAGGCUCACGUGAUAGAACGCAAGGCAUGUCACAGUAUCAUCGUCAUAUGGGUUUUCUCCAUCGCCGCGGGGACCCCUAUGUUGGUGAAAAAGAAACUGAUGAGUCGACAGUGGCUGGACUAUACCGAGAUGUGGUGUGACGACGCAUGGGAAUUGAAAACGUUCGGAGGGGGUACCGAAAAGUUCCGGCCGGGCAGGAUGGCCUACUAUACAAUAAUAUCAUUCAUUCUAUACUUCAUUCCGUUAGUUGUGAUGGCUGUUGCCUAUGUUUGUGUUAUUCGGACAUUAUGGACGUCAAAAGCACCAGGUGAAAGGACGACUAAAGACGUUAAUAUCCAAACAAAAGUGAAAAGAAAGGUGGUAAUUAUGCUGGUCUUCAUUUUGGCCGUAUUUGGACUGUGCUGGAUGCCCCUGCAGGUAGCGAUGUUGUACUCAGAAUACAAACCGUUGACAGACACGCUGUGGGAAGGCUACGAAGAUUUCUAUUACAUAGCCCAGGUUCUGGCAUUCUCGAACAGCGCCAUAAACCCUCUCCUUUAUGCAGGGUUUAACGACAAUUUCAGGAAAGGCUUUAAGCAGAUGUUUGGAUGCUACAAGAAGAAGCGUUACACCACAUUAUCUAAAGUGGAUGGCGAGGACACAUAUCAUAGUUCCACUACAAUGACUCCAGUUACAAAAAUGUAGAUCGACAAGCCCUCCUACUCGUGUGAAAGUUGAUCAAGCGAGUGAAAUGUUCAGCGUAAACGCUCCUCUAUUGUAUCAUGGGAAUCAUCGAUGCCAGGAAAAUGGUACAAUGGCAAAUGUCAGAACACAAAUAUCACGUUUAAACGUUCUUUUUGUAAAUUAGGUAAUUUUUCACAAUUAUGCCAUGUUUUCAACGUUUAGAUAAAUUUGUUCUGUAAAUUUUGAUUGAAAAAAUACAGGGAACACUCAAUAAUUCAUUGAUGUUACUCUUUUGAUUUAAAAUUAAAUUGUUUUCUAAA